AAAAUCACUAACCGGAAGGAAAGGCCAGAGCCCAAGAAGAAGAAGAAGAAGACAGCCGCAGCUGAUGAGACCAACGAAAGAAGGGAAAGUAAUCUCCCACUGGUGAGACCUCUUCUUCCUUCUGCACAUCUACCUGAGUGACCUGAUCUUGCCAGUGUCACCAGCCUUCAGUAUCAAGCCCAAGUCUCAAGUCAACCAUACAGCCUCCUCCCUGAUAAGUCUUCUUUCUCACAAUUUUCAACACGGUAAUAUGGCAGGGCGAGGUGGACCAGCACGUACCAACGGCAUUGCCGCAAGCAGCAAGAUAUGUCAGUUUAAGCUAGUCCUGCUGGGGGAAUCGGCAGUGGGGAAGUCCAGCUUGGUGCUUCGCUUUGUCAAAGGCCAAUUUCACGAGUACCAAGAGAGCACCAUCGGAGCUGCCUUCCUCACACAGACGGUAUGUUUGGAUGAUACAACAGUCAAGUUUGAGAUCUGGGACACUGCAGGACAAGAACGGUAUCACAGCUUGGCACCUAUGUACUACAGAGGAGCCCAGGCUGCCAUUGUGGUCUUUGACAUCACCAAUACAGAUACAUUUACACGUGCAAAGAACUGGGUGAAGGAGCUCCAGCGACAAGCCAGUCCCAACAUUGUUAUUGCACUGGCAGGAAACAAAGCAGAUCUUGCCAACAAGAGAGCUGUAGAUUUCCAGGAAGCACAAGCAUAUGCAGACGACAACAGUUUGCUCUUCAUGGAAACUUCAGCCAAGACUGCUAUGAAUGUCAAUGAAAUUUUUAUGGCUAUAGCCAAGAAGCUUCCGAAGAAUGAGCCUCAGGGUGGAGCGGGCACUGGGGUACGAGCCAGAGGCGGCGUGGACCUGCAGGAAGCAGCACCACAGGGCCGAAGUGGCCAGUGCUGUGGGGGCGGGAACUAACUCAAUGAAUUAGCAGAUCCAACUAAUCUACAGCUCCGAACAACCAGACCAGAUAUUAGCCAGCUGUCAAACAACAUCCCAUUGGUCAAACUCAACCAUGGCCGGACCAGCUAUCCUAUCAGCUCCAAUUAACUGUUUGGCAAGUGAGUUCACUGGCCUGAAAACUGCCAGAGCCCACUGAUGGUUCUAACUGAUGAACCAAGAAAUCUACCUACAGGCUUAUUUUACAGAAUCAUGUUUGAAUCCCUGGACCUGCCAAUCCAUGACCUCUCUUUUGAUGAUGGACACUUGAUGUCACCUUGGAGGAAAAAAAAAAACAAAAAAAAAAACAAAACAAACUCAUCCCAUUCAUGGAAGGAAAGAAGAUCAGUCAUUACCGAUGGCACUUAAUAGAGCCAUGUUGUUCACUUUCUGUGUUUGUGUAGAGGAAAAUAAAUUGUUGCAACAGGAAGGAAAAUAAACAGCCUUAUUGGCCCCCACCCUUUCUCUGCCACUCCUCGCUUUCCUAACGCACCAUAAAAGUUUACAUCACAAUCAUUCGGCACAGAUAAAUCAAGGUGCGUGCAACAUCCUUCUCUUUGUCUUGUUCCUGGUUAGCUUCCUGAAUAAGAUGAGGAAAAGUUUCUUCCCAGAGAGCAGGAAUGGACAUAUUUCUUUCUUGAUAAAGCUCUGUAGAUUGAAUGACUUACAUUAAUAUCACUAUUUUUUUUUGACACAUGCUGGUCAGUAUGAUUUUUAAAACCUAGACUCGAAGGUUUUACGAUCACCCAUAUGUUAUCAAACCAUACACAAAAAAGAGUGCUUUACUAACAUUGUCACCCAUAACAUAAUUUAGCAUUAAUAUAAGGUUUUUGAAUAAUCAGUGUAAAAUGGCAAAUACAUAAAAGCAAGAUUUGUUUUCUUGACCAAAUCACAACUGUAUUGAAAACAUAUUGCUGUAUUCGUAACAGACUCAAGUUUAUAAUCUGUAGUUAUUGUCAAAAUGAUAUCUUCCCAAACUCUACAUGUUUUGUCAACUUUAAUUAUGUUGUGAUGUUUUUUCUUUUUUUUUUGUCUGUUUUUUUUUUUUUUUCUGGAGAUUUAUGAUAUUAAAUGCACUGGUUCCGUC